GAGGUUGAAGAGGCUGUAAAGAGAUACUCCACAGUCCAGAGGGCUAUCAGCACACACACUCUUAUUCUCGCCAUUAUAUCGAUCCUUUUUAUCGUCCUUUCCACCAUCGCCUUGUCUCUCAACACCUUACCAGAGCUCCAGGUUAUAGACGAGUUUGGUCACGCCAAUGAUAACCCACAACUUGCCCAUGUGGAAGCUGUUUGCAUCGCAUGGUUCACUAUGGAGUACCUCCUACGCUUCCUUUCCUCUCCAAACAAGUGGAAGUUCUUCAAAGGUCCACUAAAUAUCAUUGAUUUACUGGCCAUCCUGCCAUACUAUGUCACCAUCUUCCUAACAGAAUCUGACAAGAGUGUGCUACAGUUCCAAAAUGUGCGCCGUGUGGUGCAAAUAUUCAGGAUUAUGAGAAUAUUGAGAAUCCUGAAAUUGGCCCGGCAUUCUACAGGACUCCAGUCUCUAGGGUUUACUUUGAGAAGGAGCUACAAUGAACUUGGCUUGCUUAUAUUAUUUCUUGCCAUGGGCAUUAUGAUAUUUUCCAGCUUGGUGUUCUUUGCUGAGAAGGAUGAAGAUGCCACAAAAUUCACAAGUAUCCCUGCUUCAUUCUGGUGGGCCACCAUCACAAUGACUACAGUAGGGUAUGGGGAUAUAUACCCACAGACUUUACUUGGAAAGAUUGUUGGUGGACUCUGCUGUAUUGCAGGAGUACUAGUAAUUGCUCUACCAAUCCCUAUUAUUGUCAACAACUUCUCAGAGUUUUAUAAGGAGCAGAAGAGGCAAGAGAAAGCCAUUAAGAGGAGAGAGGCAUUGGAGAGAGCAAAGAGGAAUGGCAGCAUUGUAUCAAUGAACCUAAAGGAUGCCAUUGCUCGAAGUAUGGAAAUAUUGGAUGUGGUGGUAGAAAAGGGAGAAGACAGAACAUCCCUAGACAACCACCUUACACCAAGCCGUUUUGGCAGCUCCACAAGGCGUGCCACUUCUGAGAGCAGUCUCAGAUCUCCAGACAAACGAAUCUCAGAGUCAGGACCUCAAAGCUCGCCCCACCCUAUAACCAUUACCACCACCGAAAGUCCACAUCGGAUAAGCAGGACGCCACAGCAUCUUAACGCUCAGAAAUUGGAGGAAAUGUACAACCAGAUGACCAAAUCCCAAUCCUUCACAAAUCUAAACACCACAAGUUCCAUGAGCACACUGAGCACAACCGUGACUGUACCUGGAUCGCCGAAGAAGUCUCUCAGCCCUGACUCAACGUUAAAGGAAGAGGUGCUACUAGAGAUGAGGGAAGUCAGGGAUUAUUCGAAAGGCAAUUUAGCCGGACAUACAGCAGAAUGCAUAAACCAGGGUUUCAACCAGGCUUGUGAUGAUGAGGGGUUAUGUGAGAUCAGACACCCUAAAGCUCCACCAGUUUUGGAUUUUAGCCACCUAAGCUCUACUGGUAAUGACUUUUAUCAAUCUCCCAACCUAUGUGAUGGAUCAGAUUUACAAACAGAGGAAGGUGAGAGCUUUAACAGUGCUGUUGAGAUAAUCCAAGGCUCUACAUCUGAAAACAAUCCUCUAAAAAUAAAAGGAUUGGAGGUUAACUUUAGCAAACCUUCCAGUGAAGGACCUCCUACUCCACCUAGCACCACCUCACCUGGAGAAAUCAGCUCAAGCAUCCUGGGAGAUGAGUCCCCAGCAGAAGAAACAUCACCCCUCAUAACCAGUUCAGGAGCGCUUCUCCCAGUCACAGUUGAGGCCACCUGCAAGCACUCCCCUAAGAGGCUUGUGAUAGACACCCCACCUGGUGAUGAAGAUCAGUCCACAGAUAACCAUGAGGAGAAGCAACUUAUGGAGGAGGCCGGCGCUGCGGUUGCACCCUUGUCACCCAAAACAGCCGGACAAAACUGUACCCAAGGCAGCAACCCAGGUGGACGCAAAGUAGAGAAUCACAUAUUUACAUCUGACAUCCACCUGAUACCUGGAGAUGGCAGCCUCACUCCAACCUGUGAAACAAGCAUGUGAGCAUCAGGGGAAGCUAGACCUAUAACAACCUCAGUCCUGGCAUGUGGGGGAGAAGCAGGACAAAUCUGGGUGUAGUCGAACUGAAAGAUAUACUUGCAUGGCAUGACAAGUUCUCUUUUACUUGGGUUGUUGCGUAUUGCUGAAUCAGAAACUGCAGGGCUUCAUGCAGUUUUGAGAAAAAUACUUGAGCAAACAGUGGGCCCAAAAAGGAAAAAAAAAUGAGGCUCUGGAGACAAGGGGAAUACAUCAAAUAAUGCAGACACCAGUUUUCCCAACGUAACAAAAAUGACUACUUUCUUGCUAGGGAAAUGCUCAGAAGGAUUUAUCUGUACAAAGCAUGCAUUAAAAAAGAUAUUUUAUGGUGCUUAGUUUGCUGAAAGCCCUCCACUGUAAAUACAAUGACAUGCAAGGUAAUGACAAUGCACAAGAUGGCAAAGGAAGACCGAAGGUACAAACAUUUGUAAUGACAAAAAAACAAUCGGGGUUGGGGGGGUUGAAUCAACACUCUUGAGAGUGGGUAUUUGCAUAGUAGCGAUCUAUAUUAAAAAACUAAAAAACAAAAAAACAAAAACAUAUCACAUAUUACCUGA